UAGAGAAAGAGAAUGAUGAUGGGUGGUUAUAAUCAUCAGCCUGGAGGUGAUGGUGAUUCCUGCAAGUCGAUGGUAGUAAAAGGAUUUUUGGGUACGGUAGGAUUGUGUUUGAUCGGUUACAUAUUAGGUCCUCCUCUAUACUGGCAUUUAACUGAAGGUUUGAUUGCUAUAAGUCAUUUUUCUAUCGCAAAUACUUGCCCUCCAUGUAUUUGUGAUUGCACUUCUCAGGAUUCUCUGCAAGAAUCCCUUCUGUCCCUUCCAAUAGAUUGUGUCAAGCAUGAGCCAAAGGUUAAUAAGGAUAUGGAGAGGAAUUUUACGCAACUCCUGACUGAGGAAUUGAGGCUACUAGAAAUUGAAGCUCUAGAAAAUGAGCAGCGGUCCGAUAUGGCAUUGCAGGAAGCGAAGAAAAAAGCAUCGCAAUAUCAAAAGGAGGCAGAUAAGUGCAAUUCAGGAAUGGGAACUUGUGAAGAGGCACGAGAGAAAGCAGAAGCUGAUUUAGCAGCGCAGAAGAGAAUGACUGAGAUGUGGGAGUUGAGAGCUCGACAGAGAGGAUGGCAAGAAGGUCAAGCCAAAAGGAAAUUACAUGGGAUCAAGAUGCACGAACAUCAAUGGAGCACUAGGAAGAAAGGGGCUGCAAUUCUUCGCUAUGCUUGGAGGAAGUCACUUGGGAAAAAUCUAAAGGCUAAAGGACGCGGAUCAUGGAAACUGGUUAACAAAGCUUAGUAUGUGCAAUCUAUUGUCGAAAUUCAGAUCUCCCCUGGCAGUUAAGGGGAAUGGUCGAUGAUAUAUUAUCUUUUGGUUCACUAGUUGGCUAGGAAAUAAGUGUAUGUUAUUGCAUUGUCGAGAAAACCCUAUCUCCCACAAUGUUCAGAUGCAAUUCUAUCCAUGUCAGCUUGGUUGUCAGAAAAUAUAUCAGAUUGUUCCGUCGUUUUAAGUCCAGCAGAAAAUGGACCAGACGGCCUUUGGUAAGUUCCAUCAAAUUGAUGUAUAAGGAUCCUUAUACUAGGCGAAAUUUGUAGAACAGGUGAACAUUUUAAUUGUCAUCUGCUCAAUGAAUGCUGUGAACCCCGAACAACACAACGAAAUAAAUUGAAUGAGAAACAAUUGCGCAUUGGGGUUCGUGUA